UUUGCAGUUUCCUUUUUGAUGGCCGAUCCAGAUUCCUACCGCAGCUCCAUUACUUCUCGGCCAGCUUUCAACCGUACCGUCACAAGUAGUACUCAAAACUACGGAACACCAGCAUCUGGAAAUCGUGUGCUCAAAAUUGUCACCGAAACACACACCUCCUCAGUUGCGAGUGGACUUUCCCCAUAUGGCCAAGGCGCUGCUUCCACCAUCCGCGAUGACCGCGAACGUGAGAAGAAGGAAAUCACGGAGCUCAACGAUCGUUUGGCUAGCUAUAUUGGAAAAGUUAGAUUUCUAGCUGCUCAAAACAGAAAGUUGGAGGCCGAUUUAAAUGUGCUCCAAUCGAGAUUUGGAAAGAGUACUGGAUCUGUAAAGAUUAUGUAUGAGAUGGAGAUCACUACUGCCACAAAUGUUGUCAAGGAAACAGGAAAGGACCAUGAAGAGGCUGAGAAGGAAAUUGGCAAGAUUAAAGAUCAGCUCGAUGAGUUACGCAAAAAGUUUGAAGAGGCUCAAAAGGGACGUGCAGAAGAUCGUUUAAAAAUUGAUGAGCUUCUUGUCACCCUCUCCAACCUUGAAGCCGAGAUCAACCUUCUCAAGAGACGUAUCGCCCUCCUCGAGGAAGAAGUUGCUCGUCUAAAGAAGGAGAACUUCCGGCUCACAUCUGAACUCCAACGCGUUCGCAGUGAACUUGAUCAAGAAACCCUUCUUCGUAUCGACAAUCAGAACAAAGUGACAACUAUUCUCGAGGAGAUCGACUUUAUGAAGAGAGGAUUUGAGACUGAGCUCAAGGAUCUUCAGGCUCAGGCUGCUCGCGAUACUACUAGUGAGAAUCGGGAAUAUUUCAAAAAUGAGCUUAUGAAUUCUAUUCGUGACAUUCGUGCCGAAUAUGACAGAUUCAUGGCUGGAAAUCGUAACGAUUUGGAAUCCUGGAGUCAAAUAAGAGUUCAAGAGAUCAAUACUCAGACCAAUCGACAAAACGCUGAAAUUAAUCACAAGAGGGAUGAGGUCAAGAGACUGCACAGUCAAGUUUCAGAGCUAAAAAGUAAACAUGCCGAACUGGCAGCAAGAAAUGGUCUUCUUGAGAAGCAACUUGAAGAUCUCAACUAUCAGCUCGAAGAUGACCAAAGAUCCUAUGAAGCCGCUCUCAAUGACAAGGAUGCUCAAGUUCGGAAGCUCCGUGAGGAAUGCCAAGCUCUCCUGGUCGAGCUCCAGAUGCUUCUUGACACCAAACAAACUCUUGAUGGAGAGCUCAAAGUUUAUAGACGAAUGUUGGAAGGUAACUCGGAAGAGAACGGACUUCGCCAACUUGUGGAAAAGGUUGUCAGAACAUCUGCUAUCAAUGAAGAGGUUGACACCGAAACGAUGCGCGUAGUCAAAGGAGAACACUCCAGCAGAACAUCUUAUCAACGUUCCGCAAAGGGAAAUGUAUCCAUCAAGGAAGUCUCCCCAGAAGGCAAAUUUGUCAUCUUGGAAAACACGCACAGAGACAAAGAAGAGCCACUCGGAGAUUGGAAGCUGAAAAGAAAGAUUGACGGAAAACGCGAGAUCGUCUUUACUUUCCCAUCCGACUAUAUCCUCCACCCGGUUCAAACUGUCAAGAUUUUCGCCCGCGGGAACGGUGUUGCCAAUCCUCCAGAAGUUCUAGUUUUCGAAGGUGACGACACAUUUGGUGCUGGUGCCAAUGUUCAAACAAUCCUCUACAACAACAGUGGAGAGGAACGCGCAACACACAUGCAACGCCAAAGCCAACAGACUACAACUUCAUAAAUCUAACCUUGCUCGGAUAACAAUACGAGAAAUUUCCCCAUCUUAGUUAAUUUUUUCUUCUUAUUUUCAAGCCGAAAUUGUACGGAACCGUAAUUUUUUAUUUAUUUCAUGCAGUAUUUUGCCAUGACUCAAUUCAAAUUUUCAUCCAUUCUUUGUCUUUCAGUUUAUAUUUUUUGAUCUAACAUUGAGCGCCAUUUCAUUAUGACCUAAACUACUUCUUACUAAUUUUUUAUUCACUGAUUUUCGACAUCUAAAUUUAUAUGUUUUAAUAUAUUCUAAUAAACAACAGUUAGUUGA